UACGGGACAAGGCUGCUUCGCUCUUAAUUUGUCGUCACAUUUCCGGAAAGAAAAUGGAGGCCGCGGCUGUAACAUCCUUUUCCUCCAUCUUUCCCCUCUACUCCACCAUCAGAACCACCCCUCGCUCCUCAACUUUCCUCUCCCUCCGCUCUCUCACCUCUUUCCCCUCCCCUCUCCCCACCAGUUUCCCUCAUCUGUCCUCUCCCGGGAAUUCGGUUUCCCUCCUUAACCGAAAUUUGUGCACAGCUACUCGGUCUCACAUGGAGCCUGAGCCCCCCGUUCCUCCUUUUCAGGGAGCUGAAUCGUUUUUUAGGAAUGUGUUGGGGAGUAUGGAAACAGUUUAUUUAAAUAGGAACCCCACUGCAAAAUCUGUUUUGGAGCUCGUUAGAUCGGUUGAUAAUGAUCGAAUUUGCUAUGAUCAUCUUGCAUUUAGGACAUUUGGGGUAAAUGGUUAUGGGAUCGACUCUAUGGCCCAAUUUUUCUUGGAUUUUGGUUAUAAACCCCGGGAGGAGUUGAGAUUUCCUGCAAAAAAAUUGAGGGCCCUGUGGUUCUCUCCUCCCAGAAUUUCCCAUACGGACACUGGCACUGGUGUUCAUGGGCCUUUGCCAAGAAUAUUCAUCUCGGAGCUUCUUGUAGAUCAGAUGAGUCCGCCAGCUCAGGAGAUAAUUAGAAAAUACACUGAAAUAUCUGGUAGUGGAAAUAAACAUGCAGCUCUUGCAAGUGCCCAGGGAUUUUUAACAUGGGAAAAACCCUUGUAUUCUGAAUUUCAACAAUUGGCAAGGGAAAGUGAAUAUGCUGCCUGGACCCUUGUAAAUGGGUAUGCAGUCAAUCAUGUUACCAUUUCCACUCAUCAGCUGAAAUCUCACUUGAGAAAUAUCGAAAUGCUCAAUCAGUUCAUUGAGGAGAAUGGCUUCAAGUUGAAUUCUGAAGGGGGGGUUCUAAAGGUGAGCCCUGAUGGUCUUCUGCUGCAAAGUUCAACUGUGGCAGAUUCAGUCUCCUUCCAAUUUUCUGAUGGUGUCACUGAAUCAGUCCCCUGUUCAUACAUAGAAUUUGCAGAACGCCUUGUGCUGCCUCAAUAUAAAAACCUACCUGACAAAGAGGUUAAGGAGUAUCAUCGGCGAGAUGGUUUUGAGGUAGGAAAUGCGGACAAGAUCUUUGAGAGCACAUCCAAGGAUCAGUUAACGAGGAGAGCUGCAUGAGAAAGGGGAAGCGAAACAAAUUGAGUGGUAUCUCAUUACUCAUGGAAUAAGUGUGGGCUUUAAUACAUUUGGCUUGGGUUCUAUACCAAGUGGCUCCUAAUAGAUAAAAUGUUACUGUAAAUAUUCUGCAACAUAUGAAUUGCUUGCUAAAACCUAAUUAUAUGUUGAAUGAUUGAAUCUAAUGGUUGAACAGUUGUGGAGGAAUUUCAUUACUCAA